GGGGCCGCUCGGGGCCCAUGGCCGCGCGUGCCGCGCUGCGCCAGACCGCCCGCCUGGCCUCCUCAGGCGCCCUGCUGCAGGUGCUGUUCCGGGCGGCCGCCUUCGGGCUGAACGCCCUGACGCUGCGCCGCCUCUCCAGGGAGCUCGUCGGCGUCGUCGGCGUGAGGCUGACUCUGCUCUAUUCCACGGCCGUCUUCCUGGCCAGGGAGGCGUUCCGCAGGGCCUGCUUGAGCGGCGGCGCGGAGCGGAGCUGGGCCGCGACCAUCAACCUGCUGUGGCUGACAGUCCCUCUUGGUGUUUUUUGGUCUGUUUCCUUGGGCUUCGUCUGGCUGCACUUCCUUGAAGUUCCUGAUCCGUCGGCGGUUCCUCAUUAUGGGGCUGCUGUUGUGGCGUUUGGCCUUUCUGCGGUUGUUGAGCUUCUAGGAGAACCGUUCUGGGUUUUAGCCCAGGCUCACUUGUUUGUAAGACUUAAGGUAAUUGCUGAAAGCCUUUCCGUAGUGUCAAAAUGCUUUCUGACGGUUGUUCUAGUCAUCCUUUAUCCACAGUGGGGCCUCUACAUUUUUUCCUUGGCUCAGCUUUUAUACACCAGUGUUCUGGUAAUGUGCUACGUGGUUUAUUUUGCCAAGUUCUUGGGAUCUCCUGAAGCAGCAAAGAAGUCCUUUCCAAUCCCAACAAUGAAAGCUCUGUUACCGAACUUGAUGGAAGCUCAGCCUUUCCUUAACUGGAAGGAAGCGCGGCUGACUUGGAGCUUCUUCAAGCAAUCCUUCCUGAAGCAGAUUUUGACAGAGGGUGAGCGAUACGUGAUGACUUUUCUGAACGUGAUCGAUUUUGGCGAUCAGGGUGUGUAUGAUACUGUGAACAAUCUGGGUUCGCUGGUGGCCAGGUUCAUCUUUUUGCCUAUUGAAGAGAGCUUUUAUGUCUUUUUCGCUCAAGUGUUGGAAAGAGGGAAGAACGUAAAGGAUCAGAAGCAGGAUGACGUUGCUCUGGCUGCAGACGUGUUGGAGUUGCUGUUGAAGCUGGUGCUUCUGAUCGGCCUGACCAUUGCUGUUUUUGGCUAUGCCUUUUCUCAGCUGGCUCUGGAUAUUUAUGGAGGUUCGAUGCUCAGCUCCGGAACAGGUCCAGACCUUCUGCGGUGCUACUCUUUGUAUGUCCUAUUUCUUGCUGUCAAUGGAGUAACAGAAUGUUUCACGUUUGCUCUGAUGUGCAAAGAGGAGGUGGACAGAUACAACUUUGUUAUGCUGGCCUUGUCCUUCAUGUUCCUGUGCAGCUCUUACUUCUUGACCCGCUGGCGUGGAAGCGUUGGCUUUAUCCUUGCCAACUGCUUUAAUAUGGGUAUUCGCAUUGCUCACAGCAUCCAUUAUAUCUAUGGUUACUUCAAGGAAAGCUCCUACAGGCCUUUGACAGGCUUGCUUCCCUCACCAUUCUUAAUACUGGCUUAUGUCAUAAGCGGAGGAAUUACUGUUUACUCAGAGGCACUGUUCUGCUGCGACAAGGGAUGGACAGCAAGGCUGAUUCACAUCAGCAUUGGGGCGCUGUGCUUUGCAGCUACCACCAUCACCAUGUUCUGCACGGAGACCAAGCUGGUUCGCUUUGUCAGAAGCCAGUUUCUCUCCCAGUAUAUGAAGAAAGGAAUGUGAAACGCUCGUGGGCAGAAUAGUUCUUGUACAUGGUUGCAGUUGCAGAGGGUUGUAUUUUUUGCACAGGUCUGCGUGGAGGAAGGUUUCCACAUGAGUUUGUUGGAAGUAUUGGUAGUGACGGUAUAAAUGGUUGCUGACUAAGCUAGUCCACACAGAUGAAGAGAGCCGAGUAAUUUUCUCUUCCUGCAUCGUUCUAUUUGAGCUUUUCUUCCAACGGCCUUUUUGGUGAUGAAGGUCUGUAAUGCACCUGAUGUAAUGCCUGACGUAAACUGAUGGCCAGAGUUACUGUGGGGAGCUCCCUUCUUACCGGUAGGGAAUCCACAUGUGAAGGCGUUGUAUGGCUUAACUAAGAUGUAACUAAGAAUGUCCUUAUUGAGCAUGGUGGGCUGUUGAAACUGUUAGAGAACAAAUAUUUUGACAUUGAAAAACGAAACUCCGAACCAAAACCUGAAGCAAGGACCAAUCACAACGUAACAGCUACCAGAAGAGAACUUAAUGCAGUGCAGAAAAACUGUGUGAUCAGUGGCCUGAAGUGUAAAGCACUGAGCAGACAGUGCCCAAGGUGGCUGUGUCAGUUUACUUCCUUCCACAUCAUUCCUGUAAUGAGAGCGUUGACCAGCCUGUCAGAAAUACUCUGAAGCUUUUAUCUGAACAGGAAUGCAGUGGGUUUUUGAGCAAUGCCUAACAACAGCUGUGACCUACAGUCACAUCAAAGCUGAGGUUCCAGAAGGUAGAGUUAAACAUGAUUGACUUCACUCCUUUUCUGUUCCUAUCUGAGAUGAUCAGUGCGAUUAUGAGCAGAUUUCUCUCCAUGGAAUGCCUUGCUUUUCUGCAAAGUGGAAUGUUCUAUGUAUGUUGACUAAGAUUUCUUUCUGGGUUUGUUUGCUUUUGGAUAAAACAAUGCUGCCUUCUGUUAAAAGAGAUUUGUCACCUGGCUGGCUCCUUUUUGUGUUUGGUGUUAACCUUUGUGUUGAUGUUUAUUUUUAUGUAUUGAAGAUGCCAACGUUCAGAAGCUAUGAAGUAAGAGCGUAGGUUGCAGAAUUUUGUUUCCUGAGGGUCCGAGAUGUUCUUGCUGGCCUAAGAUCUGACUGUGGCAGUUUCAGAGCACACGAGCAGCCCGCUGGAACGACCAGCGUUGCCUUCACACCGUUUGAACGGAGCAGGAAAUGCCAAGGAUGCUGAGACGCGAACAGCAGCAAGACUGCAGUGCGGUUACGCAGCAAACUCCACAGGUCCUCAGGCAGCUCCCGAAAAAUCUUCACUUCCAGUGGCAUUGUGGAGUUGAUGGCCAUAAACAGAGCUCACGGGGCAGAAUGCUGUCUGGUGUCGCUGCGGUACUGUUAGAGAUGUUUGGAACUGCUAGCAAUGUUUUCGUAACUCCUGUGGUUGUCACAUUUCCCAUCAGUUUGGGAUCUCACCAGGUAGAUUUAAAUGAGAAUUUGAUGCUUGACGAGUUGUCUGAGAAAAGCCCAAGCGUAACUGUAGCAGGAAAAGGAAGGUCUGCUUUUCAGGUGUUUCCACUGCCUGGCUGGAAGGUGGUAGGGAGAGAGGUGCUGCCUCUUCUGAAGUCGUUCUGAAAUUUGCCUCAAUAAACUGCCUUGGUUGCUUUUACCUGA